AUGCGACUCAAUGUACUCGUAGUUUUACUUUUCUGGAGUCCAGUUCUUUGUUACGCGUCAGAAGAGUGUCCAAAUGUCAAAACGUCUCUAGGUUUAAUAAGAAAGAAGAGAUAUUUAGUGUUCCCGGAUGGCAGUAAUGUUGUGUUGACAAUGUCUUUAGUGAAAGCUUUCAUGACUCACGCACCCUCCGGAUGGAACAUUGCUUUGGAGAUUGACGUUCUGUUUCCGCUGCCUGAUGAAAAGUUCUCCAACGAGCACAGAAGAAAGAAGUACCAUCGACAGAAGAGGGAGUUUUGGAAGCAAAUCGAGAACGCCUUGAAUUACCACAACAUGAAUGGACGAGCUUGCGUCCUCAGAUGCAUUUGUGAGAGUAAGAGCCACCUAGCACCCCCCGGGAUGUCACUGGUGCAUGAUCUAUUGCGGGCAAUUUUCACUGCUCCGCUGCGAGAAGAGUAUUCAAAUGAGGUCAGUGACAUGUACAGUGAAAUAUUGGAUCCGAACUUCUGCGACCACGUACAGGACUGUCCCUUUUCGAUAUUACAUUUUAUUUUGACGCUGAAUAAAAGGAAAUAUUAA